AUUUGACUGAUCCGAUGAGUGAUGUCACCCAUAACCGGACGUUUACAAACAUAGCAGUACCAGCUAGCUAGCUCGUAAAACAGUAGGCAUUCUGCGAGCUAGUGUUUUUCCCCAAUCACUUGAAACAAACACCACCACAAAUAUGGUCUGUGAAAAGUGUGAGAAGAAGCUUGGUAGAGUCAUCACUCCGGACACUUGGAAGGACGGAGCACGGAAUACGAUAGAGAGUGGGGGUCGCAAGCGCAAUGAAAAUAAGCUGCUGACUUCAAAGAAAGCCAGGUUCGACCCAUACAGUAAGACGGGCUUUGCCACGUGUCGCAUCUGCAAGAGCUCCGUCCAUCAGUCAGGCUCGCACUACUGCCAAGGCUGCGCUUACAAGAAAGGAAUCUGCGCCAUGUGCGGGAAGAAGGUUCUCGACACCACCAACUACAAACAGACGUCGGUGUGACCCCGCUGUAUGCCAUAAUGUUUAUCACAUGUUGACUGCAAGGUCCCCCGAAGCCACACUUUAAUUCUAUAUUCAAACAUAGAGUGCAAGACUGUCCUAAUACAGUCAUCUGUUAAUGAGUUUUCAAGCGUAACUCACAAAUUACAUUUGGUUGUCGUUGA